AUGAAACCAGGAAAUGAUACACACAUUUCAGAAUUUCUUCUUCUGGGACUUUCAGAGAAACCAGAAUUGCAGCCCCUCAUAUUUGGGCUUUUCCUCUCCAUGUACCUGAUCACUGUGUGUGGAAACCUGCUCAUCAUCCUGGCCACCAUCUCAGACUCCCACCUGCACACCCCCAUGUACUUCUUCCUCUCCAACCUGUCCUUUGCUGACAUCUGUGUCACCUCCACCAACAUCCCAAAGAUGCUGGUGAACAUCCAGACACAGAGCAAGGUCAUCACCUAUGCAGGCUGCAUCACCCAGGUGUUCUUUUACAUAGUUUUCCUAGUGUUGGAUGACUUCCUCCUGACUGUGAUGGCCUAUGACCGGUAUGUGGCCAUCUGUCACCCCCUGCAUUACACGGUCAUCAUGAAUCCCUGGCUCUGUGGAAUGCUGGUUCUGGCAUCUUGGAUUAUAGGUGUCCCGUAUUCCUUGUUACAAACCUUAAUGGCAUUGCGGCUGUCUUUCUGUACACAUGUGGAAAUACCCCACUUUUUCUGUGAACUUUAUCAGAUGAUCCACCUUGCCUGCUCUGACACCUUUCUUAAUGCUAUGGUGACCUAUUUUGCAACUGUGCUGCUGGGCAUCGGCCCCCUCACUGGGAUCCUUUACUCGUACUCUAAGAUAAUUUCCUCCAUUUGUGCAAUCUCAUCAGCUCAGGGAAAGUACAAAGCAUUUUCCACCUGUGCCUCUCACCUCUCUGUUGUCUCCUUAUUUUAUUGUACGAGUCUAGGAGUGUAUCUUAGUGCUGGUGCUGCCCGCAGCUCCCCCUCAAGUGCAGCAGCUUCAGUGAUGUACACUGUGGUCACCCCCAUGCUGAACCCCUUCAUCUACAGUCUGAGGAAUAAAGACAUAAAGAGGGCUCUGAAAAGAUUAUCUGGGAGAAUGGUAUAA